GCUGCCGAGGCGCCGCCCCCGGCGAGGUCCCGCCUCAUCAAGAUGUCGCCGGCGGAGCCCGGGCGGUUUUUCUGCACGGCGGGCCGCGGGCUGGAGCCCUUCCUCGCCCGGGAGGUGCAGGCGCGGCUCGGCGCCACGGAGGUGGACAGCGUCGUGGGAAAAGUGUUCUUCAGAGCGGCGGCGCGGCCGGGCGAGCUGCGGAAGCUGCGGUCGGGGGAGCGCCUGUUCCUGCUGCUGAAGAAGCACGGCCCGCUGCCGGUGACCAGGAGCAGAGGGAAAAUGCUUAAUGAAAUUAAAAGCUUUGUCACUGAGGAACCAGAAUACUGGCUGGAUAUUAUCUCUGUUUGGAGAAAGCUUCAUGGACACGAGGGGAAAACAGAUGAUGUCUCUGAAGAAAAGUCAUUGGCUCUGAAGAGAAAUUCAGAAGAGACAAAUUCUGCAAGUAAAAGGCAAAAAACAGAACAAGUGAGAGGAAUUGUGUCUGAGGAAUGUCAGGCGGAAGCUGGAGAGACCUGUGUGGCACCGGAGAGAAUGAGCGGUCAGGAGUGCUGUGUUGAGAGCAAGACUUCCUCAGAAUUCCCUUCCAAAGGCAGUGGGGAGAAUCCCACUGCGAAUGAGAAGCUUAGCUUUAGUUUCAGAGUGUCUUGUCGUUGUAGUGGAGCGAUUGCCAAAAUACUUACUUCACAGGGCCAUUGCAAGGACCAUGGAGCCAGGCUCCUCUCAGCUGCGGCAUGCAGGCUAGAAGAAGGGAUAAAAGCCAGAACUUGCAGCUUCAGUUGCCUCUGGUUGGGCACUGGGGAGAACUUGUUCUUCAGGAAUGCAGCCCUGGGAUGGGUCUUGGGAGAAGUGGAGCUUGGUCCUUGGAAAAGAAUUGUGGCAUACAGACCUCCAGGAUUCCAUUUGAUCCAGCCCUUUUCCCAUCUGUGCAGAUGGGAAAUUUUCUCUUGCUUAAAGGAGAUUGGAAAAGCCAUUGGCAUCGCACUUGUGAAGCAGUGUGGGUGGCAUGCUGAUCUGCGGGACCCUGACGUGGAGAUCUUUGUACAUCUUAAUGACAUUCACUCUGUGGUGGGGAUUCCUCUUUUCAGGCUUCCAUUGGCAAACAGAGAGUAUAUCCAAACAGCAGGACUGCGGUCAACAGUCGCAUGGGCCAUGGCGUCUCUGGCUGAAAUCAGUGCUGGUGCCUUUGUGCUGGAUCCCAUGUGUGGGCUAGGAAUGAUACUGCUGGAGGCUGCCAAAGAAUGGCCUGAAGCCUAUUACUGGGGUGCUGAUAUAAGUGAUUCGCAGUUAGAGGGUGCAGAUGGGAAUAUCAGAACUGCAGGCUUAAUGGAUAAGAUUGAGUUGCUUAAAGCUUCUGUGAAAGCGUUGCCAUUGCCUUCUGAAAGCUUCGACAGUGUUAUUUCAGAUAUUCCAUUUGGGAAGAAGUUCAAGACCACAGGUGAUGCCCAGCUUCUAACAGAUAUUCUCCAGGAAAUGGAGAGAGUGCUUCGUGUUGGGGGGACUCUUGUGUUGUUGCUGAGCCAGGAGCUCCGCAGACGCGUGGAUGAUUUGACCGUGCGUGCUGGAGGUGACUCUGCCCAAGCCUCUGCUGAUGGCAACAGCGGAGCAGCCCCUACACAAUCCCCGAGUGUGGAUGGGAAUUCUUUCUCCUUGGCACUGAGUGGUGAAGAAGCUGUUCUCAGCAGACAUUUUGGGUCUCUGGUGCCAGAGGGUGUCUAUGCCGUUAGUCUGGGGAAGACUGAUGCUUUCAUACACAAAUACAGAAAGGUGUCUGCUGCUGGGCACUGGAAGCUGUCUGGCCCUGGGCUGAAGAGAACUUGAAUCCUGAGAUGCUUCAGGAGCAGCAUGGCAGCACUUGGUGGAACCUGAUGAUGCAGACAAACUCAGUGCCAUCCAUUAGAUUAGAUCACAUUCUUUGGAUGUCCUAAGGCAUUGUGCUUUUCUUUCUCUGGUUUUUAGGAGAGAUGCCUACCAGCCAGUUCUACUGUAUUGUAUACAGUGAAACAGGAUAUAGUAUAUUGUAAUGAGGCAGUGUCCUCAAAUCCUUGUUUAGGCAAAGCUGCUCAGUACUGGGAGGAGUUUCUGUGGGAGAGAAAGUCUUUAUUUGCAGAACUGCAAAUCCAGAUGUGGUAGCCCAUGAUCUUUGGGCUGUCCACUCCAGCUAUUAAUUUUAAAGUAAUAUUUAAGCUAUAGCUUUGUCUAUUCUAACUAUUCUUAAUGUUCAGAUUGUUCUUAGGUAGAGGAUAGGCAAACUGUCUUAGAUGCUGAGAAGGGAGGAGAGAAGGAGAAAGAAGCAGCACUGACAGCUGGAGUUGCAACAAGUCCCAGGCCCUUGGGCCCUCUGUUCUGUGUGUUCUGGGUCCUCCCUGCCCCUGCCUCUCUCUCCCACACAGUUGUGACACAUUUUUUUCUUCCCUUUAUCUUUUCAUUCUUCUGUCCUGGCAAAAUAGGGCUUUUAGAACUGUAUCAGCGUUAAAGAGCCCAAGGCAAUACUGAAAUCACUCUCUCCUUUGGGUUUAGCAUCCUUUAUACAAAGGCUAAGAUAGCAAAAAACAAAAAUCAUUGCACAUUUUCUGCGAGAACUAAACAUAAAGACUUCUCACUGCUUUCCUAAGCAAUGUCAGUCUGCAGGAAAAUGAGGCCUUUUGGGAAGGGAAAAUUAGGAUAAAAUAUUAAGUACAUUUCUGUAUGAUUCUGUGUCAAGUUUUUGACUGAAGAUACCUUCAAGAGCAGAGUUGGGUUUAAUAAUGUUAUUUUGUUGACUUCAGCACAAUUUAUCUCAGAUGUUUUUACUGAGAAAAGUAUAAAAUGGGACUAUAUUUGCAUUUUCAAAGACACUCUUCUGUCCUAAAAUAUCUUGUAGUUAUUAAUGUAUAUUUUUUCAGCUGUGUAGUCUACAAUAAGACUUCCUUUUGAAACUCAGCAACAUUUUGGAGUAAAGCAAACUGUUACAUAAGGGUAGGGUUUGGGUUGGGGGUUUUUUGUUUGUUCUGGUUUUGUUUCAUUUGGCUCACUUUUUUUAAACACUGAGCAUAUCAAAGAAUAACAUGUAAUUGUUGUUUGAAUUUGUUACUUUUUUAAAAACAAUUACUUUGGACUCUGGUUAACUAUAUCUAGUGUGGUUCAGCAUUCUUCAGCCAUUGUGCUUACAAAAACAUUAAAUGCCUUGGUGAAAAUUUUUGCUUUGGUAUUUUAGAAGAAACGAGCUUAGGCCACACUUCUGUCCACAUGCAGCUGUGAGACAUUCGUUACCUUAUCCAUGAGAUACGGAAGCAUGGUUUUGAGUUGUCUUGCCAAGUUCUUUGUGUGUAUUGUAGCGCAUUUACCUAUGUCUUAGGGCUAUUUUUGGCCCCUUUUUGGUUUUUUUUUGUAUGAAAGCUGAUUUUUCUAGUCUUGCAACACCAACAAAAAAGGAAUGUAAAUGGCACUUGCAGUACUAAUUGUCACAUUGACCCUCAUUGUUUAUAUGUGCUGUAUUUUUAGAGGCAAAUGAACUGAUGUCAUCAGUCUGUUGCUUUUUGCGGUUGUUUGAUGUUUUGUGGUUUGCAGUGAUGAGACCUGAAAAUAAUGAUGUGUGCCCUGUAGACAUAGUAACUGAAAAUUUUCCAGGUAUACUCUCUAAGUUUCUUUGUUGCUGAACUAUAAACAUAUUUAAAAACUACCAAAAAAAAAGCCUUUCUGUGGAAAAACACAUACCAAGGAAACAUGUGUGUGAAAUUCUGAGACUUGCUGUAAGUGUAGAUGAAUUCUUCUGGAAUCACUUGGACCAUACAUUAUCAUAUAUAGCUGUCAUACAAAAAUAAUAGAGCUGUUCUUCACAAUUUUUUUUUUUUAUGAUGAAUGACAAGCAAA